AUGACACAGCACACGACAAACACACUGACGAGCAAAGAAAGCACGAAUGGUAGGGCCCUUUUGGGCCGUGCCUGGACGGGGGUGGACGACGCGGAGGAGCUGAAGAUUGAAAUGGCGUGGACCCGCAUUACACCAGAGCUCUGCGAGGGGAUUUGCCGCACCAUCGUUGAUCGGGAUGCGGAUGUCCCCGUACGUGUCGUAGACCUCAUUGACAACCAGCUUGGCCCGGAGCAGACACAAAAGAUCGCGUCCAUGCUUGAGUCCUCCACGGUACGGGAUGUGUUGCUGCGGUACAAUGACAUUGGGAAAGAGGGAUGUGAUGCCCUGGCAAAUGUGGUGAAUGUCUCCACGAAGCUUCAAUUGCUGGAUAUUCGCGGAAACGGCCUCACUGCUGCCUGUGUGCGUAAACUGCUGAAGUCCAUUUCCAUGUCUACCGCCCUUACACGACUGGGAUUGAGCGCAAAUAAGAUUGGACAUGAAGGUGCCGCAUUGCUGUUUCGAGCCCUUGAGAAGAAUGUGUAUCUGAAAUCACUUGAUUUGUCACUGAACGAGAUUGGCCCAAGUGGUGCCGAGAGCAUUGCGCAUCUUCUUGCACUCCCCGCCUCGCCGUUGAAAACGCUACAACUGUAUGGGAACCAUCUCGGUGUGGCUGGUAUUGCGCUCAUUGCCGAUGCCGUAAAGGGGAACAAGUGCCUGAAGGAUUUAACACUUGGCAACAAUAACGCCACGGAUGCGGCUGCAGAAGCUCUCGCCGACAUGUUGCGGGAAAACUCUACACUUGAGACGUUGGAUCUGCGCUCUAACACACUGACGGCGACAGGGGUACGUAUUCUUGCGCGUGAUGGGCUGGCAAAUAACAUUUUUCUAGUUUCACUCUCCCUUUCGGCUAACCCGAUAGGAAGCGUUGGUGCGGAUGAGAUUGCCAAGACACUCAUUAUGCAUCAGGGCGGGGCUUUGACUCGGCUUGAUCUUAGUUCUUGCGAACUUGGCCCCACUGGCGGGAUGCGCAUUGCCAGUCUUAUUGCCGCCACCAUCACUCUCAAUGAGGUGAAUUUAAGCGGCAACCAACUUGAUAACGAGGCGGCGGUUGUUCUUUCAAGGAGCAUUGUGAACAGCAUUUCCAUCUCGAUAGUUGACCUCUCCGCAAAUGAGAUUGGGGAGUGGGGGGCAAGCAAUUUGAUUGACGCAACACAACUCAACGCUCGUAUAUCUUCAUUGUUGUUGCAUGGAAAUAACAUUAACCGCAUUGUUCAAAAGAAGAUUGAUACAUUGUUAGGUGAACGCAUUUCUAGAAACCGUUUGCUGAACCAGCAGGCAUCCCUCCUCCAGCCAGAACAGUUGGUGAAUUAA